AUGCGAAUAUUUUCUUCUCCACAUUUACCACGAAUACCUAUUAUAGGUCCUGUAGGACCUAUACCUCCUAUAGGACCUAUACCUCCUGUAGGACCUAUACCUCCUGUAGGACAGAUAGCACCUAUAGCACCUGUACCACCUAUAGGAUUAAAACCAGUUUCAAAAACUCCUGCUCGUCGUUCUCCAUCCAGAAAAACACCAGAAGAAAGCGAAAAAUAUUAUAUAAAAUUUAUUUCUAAAGAAAGUAAAAUUGUCAAGAAAUCCAUUCCUUUUAGAAGUAUAGAGUACGCACUUGAAGGAAAUAAAGUUUUGAAUAUUUUUGGUGAAAAAGUCCUUCCUAAACAUGCUCCUAUAAUUGUAUAUAUUCAUGGAGGCAGAUGGAUACACGGAAACAUUGAAUCUUCAAGCUUUUUUGUGAAACCAUUUUUUGAAGCGGGAGUGAUAUCUAUUGUAGUAGGAUACGACGCUUCCGAAAAAGUAUCGUUAGAUACAAUGCUCCAGGAGAUCCAACAAGCAAUGACGUGGAUUGUUUAUUAUGGAAAGAGAAGAGGUUCCAGAGGAAUUUAUCUAAUGGGACAUUCAGGAGGAGCGCAUUUAGCAGCCAUGUUUAUAUCAUCGAGUUGGAUGACUCAAGAAAAAUAUUCUCAUUAUCUAAAAGGGAUUGCACUCGUAUCUGGACUAUACGAUGUUACAGCUUUAACGAAUGUAGAGAUGUUUCUGACGUUUGUUUGA